UGUAAGACAGAGACUAGUAAUCAAUGAAGAAAGAACCAUCUUCCAAAUUUUGUCAACCAAUUUCCAGAGACUUGCUAUGGAAUGGACUGAAGCAACUCCAAUAUUGCUGUUUCCACGAUUAUAUAUACGUAGUUUCCAAAAUUCUUUUGCUCCAACUAUAUAUGCUUCCACUCUGCAGUUUGCAUAUAUAUCAUCUUCGUAAUCAUGUUUUACAGUAUAAUGAGUGGUAGAUCUGUGCAUUCUGUUUUGGUUGGGCUUGUGUGUCUGGCCCUUGCCUCUGCUAUUUGUUGUUCAAGUGUUGGAAGCUCCAACAACAUUAUGUGCUUGGAGAGUGAAAGGCAUGCUCUUCUCCAGUUCAAACAAGGCCUUGUGGAUGAGUCCAAUGCUCUUGCUUCUUGGAAAAGUGAGAAAGAUUGCUGCAAGUGGAGAGGAAUAGCAUGCAACAACCAAACAGGUCAUGUCAUCACUCUAGAUCUCUCUUAUAGUUAUGAUGCUAAUCUCGAUUCCACUGAAUUGAGAGGUGAAAUUAGUCAUUCACUACUUGAAUUGCCAUAUCUAAAUUACUUGGACCUCAGUUAUAAUGAUUUUGGAGGAAUGAUCAUUCCCAAGUUCAUUGGCUCUGUGAGUCAAUUGAAAGAACUCAAACUUGCAGAUGCUAAUUUCAGUGGACCUGUUCCUCCCCAACUUGGAAACCUCUCUAAUUUGCACACUCUUGAUCUUUCCAGGAACACAUUUGUUAGUUUUGAGAAUAUUGAGUGGUUAUCUCAUCUUUCUUCCUUGAGAUACCUGAACAUGUCACAUCUAGAUUUGUUUGAGGCUGUGAAUUGGCCACAAUCUUUAAGCAAGCUCACUUCACUUACAGAGCUCAGGUUAUCUUGGUGUAAUCUUCCUGAUGUCAAUCUAAGAUCACUUUCCUUUAUUAAUUCUUCCACCUCUCUUCAACUCCUUGACCUCUCUAGGAACUCUCUUAAUUCUUCAAUAUUUUAUUGGAUAGCCAAUGUCAGCAGCAACUUUGUCCAUAUUGAUCUCUCUUCCAAUCAACUUGAAGGUGGGAUACCAAAAGGCUUUCAAAACUUAUACAGCUUAGAGUUGUUGUACUUGGGUGCAAACAAAUUGUCUGAAAACAUUGAGGACUCUGUUAAAACCUUGUCUUGUGCUGAGAACACACUUGACACCUUGGACUUGGGUUUUAACCAAUUUUGGGGAUCGUUGCCAGAUUUCACACGUUUCUCAAAUUUAAGAGAGUUGAUUCUUCUGAGGAAUCAACUAAAUGGGUCUGUGCCAGAGAGUGUCGGGCAGCUCUCUAGCCUUGAACAUCUAUAUCUCUCCUGGAAUUCUUUCACUGGUGUCAUAACAGAAUCCCACUUUCUAAACCUCUCUCGUUUACAGGCUUUGCUUCUUUCUAGUAAUUGUUUCUCUAUCAACCUGAGCUCAGAUUGGAAUCCACCAUUUCAACUUACUUAUUUACACAUGUCCUUCCAUAAGCUGGGCCCAGCUAUUCCCAAAUGGAUUCUAAGGCAAACAAAUCUUCGAGUUCUUUUUCUCUCUAAUGCUAGUCUAUCGGGAUCAUUACCUAAUAAGUUUUGGGAUCUAUUUUCUGGCUUGGAUUACUUAGAUCUCUCUAUGAACCAAAUCCAUGGGAAACUACCGAAUCUGUCAUCGACAAGCUUAGGUCAUGUUAACUUGUCUUCUAAUCUAUUUUCUGGCGCAUUGCCAACAUUUUCUCCCAUGCUCAUUCGGUUGUAUCUCUCAAAUAAUAGCUUUUCAGGACCCUUGUCUUCCUUAUGUGCAAUGCAGGCUCCAAAUUUGGAGUAUCUUGACCUUUCUAAGAACCUAUUGUCUGGGGAGCUUCCUAAUUGUUGGAUGCAAUUUCAAGAAUUGGAAAUGUUGAAUUUGGGAAAGAAUAAAUUAUCUGGAAAAAUACCAAGCUCGUUAGGCAAUCUACAGGGAAUUGCGAUAUUGCGUUUACAUGACAACAACUUUUCAGGAGAAUUGCCUUCUUUAGAGAACUGUACCAGAUUAUUGAUGGUUGACCUUGGCAACAAUAACCUAUCGGGAAAGAUACCACCAUGGAUUGGCCAAAACCUAACAAACUUGGUGAUUCUAGGCUUACGGUCAAAUGAGUUUAAUGGAAUCAUACCCUUCUCCCUGUGCAGUCUAGCUGCCAUUCAUGUUUUGGACCUUUCUCACAACAAUAUUUCAGGAGGCUUGCCACAUUGCUUCAAUAACAUAACCUCGUUGGCUAAUGAUACUACAGCUUCUGAUUUUAUUGUGGAACUUGUGUGGAAAGGAAUAGAAAUUGAGUUUGGGGAAAAUCUUGACAGUAUGAGAAGCAUUGACAUUUCAAGCAACUAUUUGAUUGGGGAAAUUCCGCCAAGUAUAGCAAGUAUGACAGAGUUGAUUUCUCUGAACCUGUCUACAAACAAAUUGACGGGAAAGCUUCCUGAAGACUUUGGUAACAUGAAGAUGUUGGAAUCUCUUGAUUUGUCAAGAAACCGGAUAUCUGGUAAAAUUCCUACAAGUUUUGCGAGCUUAAACUUUCUUAGUGUCUUGGACUUAUCACACAACAACUUGUCAGGAAGAAUUCCAUCAGGCACCCAACUUCAGGGUUUUAAUGCUUCUCAAUAUAUGGGAAAUCUUGGACUUUGUGGACCACCGCUGACACAAAGUUGUCCAGGAGAUGGAACAGUUCAAGAUGAUGGAAUCGCCAGAGGAACUGAAAUUCAUAACAAAGAGCAGGUUGAUGAUGGUCUCAUAAGCCUAGGAUUCUUUAUCAGUGCAUUGCUGGGAUUCGUCACUGGAUUUUGGAUAGUCUGCUUCAGUUUACUGCUUAAGACUUCUUGGAGAUAUGCUUAUUUCAGAUUCCUGGACAAUGCAAAAGAUUGGAUUUAUGUCAAAAGCAAGGCAAAAGUGCGGAGGACACUUCAAAGAUAAAUGGAGAUUCUGGCAUUCAGGGAAAUGAUGAGCCUAAUUUCCCAGAAGUGGAAAAAUUCGAGGCUUAAUGUUGAAGGUUUUCAGAUGUCCUUGCUUUCUCUUUCGGCAAGAAAUAAAUAUUAUGCUUGUUUCUCAUGAGAAAUGUGCGUGAAUAACGGAUUGUAUGUAGUAUGAGCUGGUAUAACUUUUUAUUCCAUGCAACAAGACCUCUAUUUAGCUUCCUAAUCUUUCUGGCUGUAAUUUAAACCUAGAUUUCUCGAUUGAUUUCAAAGUAAUUAUCUGCAAUUAUAUACUGUUCCA